AUGGAGAAAAAGUCUCGGCAGGAGAGCAAAGGAGCAGGUAGUGGAGUGGAGAUACUCAUAAACCAACCCUAUGAAGAUGGCCCAGGAGGGACCGGACAGUAUACACAUAAAGUGUAUCACAUAGGUAGUCAUUUACCAGGUUGGUUUCGUGCAAUAUUACCGAAAACGGCAUUACGGGUUGAAGAAGAGUCGUGGAAUGCGUACCCUUAUACGAAGACACGUUACACGUGUCCUUUUAUUGAGAAAUUUUCCUUAGAAGUAGAAACGAAGUACUUACCAGAUGCGGGUCAUCAGGAUAAUGUUUUUAAUUUGUCCAGUGGAGAAGCUAAAAGUAGAUAUAUAGAUUUAAUUGACUUUGUGAAUGACCCCAUUGCUAGCGGGGACUAUGUCAAAGAGGAUGACCCUCGGACCUUCCAGUCCAAUAAAACCGGGCGAGGCCCUCUCAACGAUGACUGGAGGGAGGUAGAUGAGUUGGAUGAGUUCUUGCCCAAGUAUGGUUGUACAGAUGUCAUGUGCGCCUACAAGCUUUGCAGGGUUGAAUUCAGGUACUGGGGUAUGCAGAACAGAAUAGAGAAGUUCAUCCAUGAUGUUGCUCUGAAGAAGACAAUGUUCUUAGCUCAUCGUCAGGCUUGGUGUUGGCAGGAUGAGUGGUAUGGUUUGUGUAUAGAUGAUAUUAGAGAGCUUGAGAGAGAAGCAGCCCAGGAGCUUCAGGAGCGUAUGGCAGAAGCUCACAUGGAUGAAGAGAUUCCUGUACAGAACGUUUUAAACAGAAUUGAUAGUAUGGCAUCAAGAAAGCGUUUUGAGCACAGUAAUGGUUCCGCGACCACUGCAUCGGAAUCUGAAUCAGAAAGCAGACUAGAUGAUGGUAGAUUAGAUUCUGUUGGUAGUGAUUUUGGACUAGAGGAGGCAGUAUUUUCAUCAAAAGAGAGUUCAGCUAAGAGUGCCGCUGCUAAGGCAAAGAGGAGAUUAUCCAGUAGAUUAUCAUCAGAAAGUAGAGGUUCUAGAGAAUCCAAUAGCCACACAUUAGCUCACUGGCAUAUGGAUAGCAUACAGCAGGAUUCGGACAGCUCAGAUGAGGAGUUCUUUGAUGCAAAAGACAUCAAAGAGAUAGAGAGGGGAAAGGAGCAUAGCAUUAAGAAAAGAAAAGAAUCAUAA